AUGUCCGCCAUGGCGAAGACCUCCAAGUACACGUACCGCAGCAGUGGCGGCGGCACCACCGACGUCAACAUCGAGUACAGCGCCGACCUGAGUGCUCUCUCCAGGCUGGAGGACAAGAUCCGUCUCCUCCACGACGAUCUGGAAUCCGAAAGGGAGCUGCGUCAGAGGAUCGAGAGAGAAAAGGCAGAUUUGAGCGUGCAAGUCAUUCAACUUUCCGAGAGGCUGGAGGAAGCUGAAGGCGGGGCCGAAAGUCAGUUCGAGAUCAACAGAAAACGCGAUACUGAACUUACGAAGCUUCGCAAAUUACUGGAAGAUGUCCACCUGGAGUCUGAGGAGACUGCCCAUCUGCUUAAGAAGAAGCACCAGGAGAUCGUGGCUGACUUCCAGGACCAAAUCGACCAGCUUACCAAAAGCAGAGCUAGGGCUGAGAAGGAGAAGUCCAAAUUCCAAGCAGAAGUAUACGAGCUGUUGGCCCAAGUAGAGAACAUCACGAAGGAGAAAAUCACAUUCUCGAAAACAUGUGAAAAGUUGGAAAUCACCAUCAGCGAACUUCACAUCAAGAUUGAGGAGCUUAACCGCACUAUUGUGGACAUUACCUCCCACAAGCAGCGUUUGUCCCAGGAGAACAUUGAGCUUAUCAAAGAAGUUCAAGAUCUUAAGGUUAACAUUGAAAACGUCGUAUAUCUUAAGAGUCAAGUGGUCAGUCAGCUCGAAGACUCGCGUCGCAGACUCGAAGAUGAAGAGAGACGGCGUUCUCUGCUUGAGGCCAACCUGCAUCAGGUUGAAAUUGACCUGGAGUCCGUCCGUGUUCAACUCGAGGAAGAAUCCGAGGCCCGUCUGGACUUGGAGCGUCAACUGGUCAAGGCCAACGGUGAGGUCCAGCAUUGGCGAUCAAAGUUCGAGGCCGAGGCUUCUGCCAGGGCUGAGGAGAUCGAGGAAAUCCGUCGUAAAUACUCCGCCCGCAUUCAAGAACAGGAGGAGCACAUCGAGACUCUCAUCGCUAAGAUCAGCAACAUUGAAAAGCAGAAAUCACGUCUUCAGAGCGAGGUUGAGGUGCUCAUUAUCGAUCUCGAGAAAGCUAACGGAACCGCCCGCGAGCUCCAGAAGAGGACGGAGCAGCUCGAGCGUGUCAACAUCGAAAUCAAGUCCCGUCUUGAGGAGACCGUGCAGCUGUACGAGCAAACGCAGCGCGACCUGCGCCUCAAGCAGACCGAGAUCCAGCGCAUCACCCACGAGCUGGACAAGACCCGCGAACAGAAAGAUGCUCUCGGCCGCGAAAACAAGAAACUGGGUGAUGACUUGCACGACGCCCGAGCCAACAUCACGGAGUUGACCCGCCGUCUUCACGAGCUCGAAAUCGAGCUGCGCCGUCUUGAGAACGAGCGAGAGGAACUCACCGCCGCAUAUAAGGAGGCAGAAGCCGGCCGCAAAGCCGAGGAACAACGUGCUCAAAGACUGGCUGCUGAACUCGGCCAGUUCCGCCAUGAGGCUGAACGCCGCAUCCAAGAGAAGGAAGAAGAAAUCGAAGCCAUCCGUAAGCAGACCAGCAUUGAAAUCGAGCAGUUGAACGCUCGUGUUGUGGAGGCAGAAACUAAGUUGAAGACGGAAGUCACCCGCAUCAAGAAGAAGUUGCAGAUCCAGAUCACCGAGCUUGAGUUGUCCCUCGACGUCGCUAACAAAACCAACAUUGACCUGCAGAAAACAAUUAAGAAGCAAUCUCUGCAGCUCACUGAAAUCCAGACCCAUUACGACGAAGUCCAGAGACAGCUCCAGGUAACGCUUGACCAAUACGGCGUCGCUCAGCGUAGAAUACAGUCCCUCACCGGCGAGAUCGAGGAGAUCCGAGGCAAUUACGAACAGGCCCUUCGUGCCAAGCGCACAAUCGAACUGUCGUAUGAGGAAGCUCAGACCCGUAUCAAUGAGCUGACCGUCAUCAACGUAAACCUGUCUAGCAGCAAGGCCAAGAUCGAGCAAGAGCUCGCUGCCGUUGCUGCUGACUACGACGAGAUUACCAAGGAACUGCGAAUUGCUGACGAGAGAUACCAGCGCGUCCAGACUGAACUCAAGCACACCGUUGAGCACUUGCACGAGGAACAAGAAAGAAUCGUGAAGAUCGAAGCCAUUAAGAAAUCUCUCGAGAUUGAAGUCAAGAACAUCUCCAUCCGCUUGGAAGAAGUUGAAGCUAAUGCCAUCGUUGGUGGAAAGCGUAUCAUCAGCAAAUUGGAGGCGCGCAUUAAGGACUUGGAACUGGAAAUGGACGAGGAGAAGAGGAGACACGCUGAAACCAUCAAGAUCCUCCGCAAGAAGGAACGCCAAUUGAAGGAGGUCAUGAUUCAGUGUGAGGAAGACCAAAAGAACAUUGCUCUCCUCCAAGACUCCCUGGAGAAGUGUACUCAGAAAGUCAACAUUUACAAGAGGCAGUUGACAGAGCAGGAGGGCAUGUCCCAACAGAGUGUGACCAGAGUGCGACGAUUCCAACGUGAGUUGGAAGCCGCCGAGGACCGCGCCGACGUCGCUGAGAGCAAUCUCUCUCUCAUCCGCGCCAAACACCGCACCUUCGUCACCACCUCCACGGUGCCUGGCUCUCAGGUCUAUCUGGUCCAGGAGUCCCGCGCCCUCAGCACGGAG